AUGAGGGCCAUACCCUGCGCCGCGCCGCUCAUGCCGCUGCUGGUGGUUGUGGUGCUGCUGCUCGUCGCGCCAUGGCGAGGCGGCGGGGCGGCGGUGGCUCGAGCUCUCAACUUCACGAGGGCGGACUUCCCCGGGGACUUCGUCUUCGGAGCCGGCACGUCGGCCUACCAGUACGAGGGGGCGACCGGCGAAGACGGGAGGAGCGCAAGCAUUUGGGACACUUUUACUCAUGCAGUGCACGGAACUGACCAUGACGUUGUUGAUCUGACCGUGACCGCAGGGAGGAUGCCAGACAAGAGCACCGGCGAUUUGGGCGCAGACGGCUACCACAGAUACAAGGAGGAUGUGGAGUUGAUGAGCGACGCCGGCCUGGAGGCGUACCGGUUCUCCAUUUCCUGGUCCAGGCUCAUUCCAAGAGGAAGAGGGCCCGUGAACCCUAAAGGGCUGGAGUACUACAACAACCUGAUAAAUGAGCUGACAAGAAGAGGAAUCCAGAUACAUGUCACCCUGUACCACCUCGAUUUUCCUCAGAUCCUCGAAGACGAGUACCACGGCUGGCUCAGCCCCAGGGUCGUGGAUGACUUCACGGCGUUCGCGGACGCGUGCUUCCGGGAGUUCGGGGACCGGGUGCGGCACUGGACAACCAUGGACGAGCCCAACGUGAUCGCCAUCGCCGCCUACGACAGCGGCGCCUUCCCGCCGUGCCGCUGCUCGGCGCCCUACGGGAUGAACUGCACCACGGGGGACUCCACCGUGGAGCCCUACACCGUGGCGCACCACUCCAUCCUGGCGCACGCCGCCGCCGUCAGGCUCUACCGGGACAAGUACCAGGCCACGCAGGGGGGCGUCGUCGGCAUGAACAUCUACAGCUUCUGGAACUACCCCUUCUCUCCCACCCCCGCCGACGUCGCCGCCACGCAGAGGUCGCUCGACUUCAUGGUCGGCUGGAUCUUGGACCCCUUGGUGAAAGGAGACUACCCUGAGAUCAUGAAGAAGAAGGCCGGGUCACGGAUUCCGUCCUUCACCAAGGAACAGUCCGAGCUCAUCCGUGGGGCCAUCGACUUCGUUGGCAUCAACCACUACACGUCGGUGUAUGUCAGCGAUGGGAAGAGCGGCGCCGACGCGAGCCUCCGGGACUACAACGCCGACAUGUCUGCUACAUUCAGAAUGUCAAGGAAUGAUAGCGGUACUGGUCAGUUCAUCCCUAUCAACAUGCCCAAUGAUCCACAGGGGCUGCAAUGUAUGCUCCAGUACCUCACGGACACAUACCAGAACAUCCCUAUCUAUGUCCAAGAAAAUGGCUAUGGGCAGUUCUUCAUCGACUCGGUCAAUGAUCAUAACAGAGUGGAGUACUUAAGUGGGUACAUCGGCAGCACACUCGCUGCACUCAGGAAUGGAGCCAACGUGAAGGGCUACUUUGUUUGGUCAUUCCUGGACGUGUUCGAGUUUAUGGCGGGCUAUUAUUCGCGAUACGGACUGCACUACGUUGAUUUUCAGGAUCCUGAGUUGCCAAGGCAGCCAAAGCUCUCUGCUAAGUGGUACUCCAAGUUCUUAAAGAGUGAAAUUGGGAUAAGCAUAGAGAAGAUGGUUAGCUUUUCUGAGCUUCUCUCGCAGAAGCUACUAAACCUGACAUCUCGUACGAGCCCAUCGAGCGACUGCUAUGGACCCGUAGGUCCUAUGGGGAACUACUCAUGCAUCAUCAUGGAGGCAACAAGGUGA